AUGCCAUCCGACCAGCUGGCACAAAUUUGCCCACGACACUUACGCGAGUUUCAUCGCGUGGCCCUGGAGCCACACCUCUUGGAAGGGGAGGAGAAGAGCCGCAUGCAAAGCCAGAACUGGAAUCAACCUCCGCAGUGGUUUGACAAGACGAACAACGCCCGUGCUCGCAAUGCCACUCCACAGCACGAUGGCAAGCAAGAGGAUAUGAAACUAUGGAAAGAUCAGGUAUACUUAUGUUAUCAACAAAACAACGACACCGGGCAAGGAGACCUCCCAGCGGCAAUGGCUUCGAGACUAGUUGAAGUACCCGACCGCCAAGCCGCCGCAGUAGUGAAUCAGCCAUUGUUUGUGUCUGACCACAUGGCUGCGCCUGGACCACUCGAAGCUGUAGAAGUGAGAACACCUUCGGAAUCUGCGAAACCGGCCACUGUCAAAGUCAAUGAGAACAGCGAACCAGAACAGGAGAGGUCUGGAACAACCAGCUCAAAUAUGACGUCUCGUACUGCCGGAAAGUCGAGUUACGGUACACCUGCACAGAGCCUUCCUUCCUGCUCCUCACUCAAGUCAAGCGAGCCACGCGUAAAGCGCCUGCAUGAUCCUCAGCUGCGUCGAAGCCGGACAGACGCUGUCGUCUACUUCUUGUUGUUGCUGGCCGCCCUGUUUUGUCUCUUGGCAGUUGUGGAUCUUUUUGCAGGCAAGGAUACAAGUGGUGGAUUUGAGGUCACCAUUAAGAAAACUGUUUCUACGGCAAUAACUACACGCAAACAUGCAUCUGUACUGCAACAUUCUCAUCGAGGUGUUUCCCCAUGUCACGAUUUCUACAGUUUCACAUGUUUCAGGCCAGCUUCACGAGUUGCAACAGACGUAGCUGUGGUUAGAAGACUGGAGAAGACUCUAUUGCAGCAACACGAUUCUCCACUCAGACCGCUUUGGGAGGAGUGUGUGAAUGCUUCGUCACGACCAGACGCCUGGGCACAGUUUCGGCAGCUUUUGACGACAGUCUCUCUCGAAGGCUGGCCCUUCAGCAAGACCGCCCCAGCAAGGCCGCCGGCUGCAGUGUGGGAAGCCGCGGCGCUCUUACUGCGGCUUCUCGGUCUGCCAGCUUUGGCGUCGCUUUCCAUACGAGACCACCCGAACCACCAGGGCAAGUUCAUCGUAGCCCUGGAGCCACCCCAGCUGCUCAUCAAUGUUAGCGCGGCUGCUCACAACUGGAGUGUUCUGUGGCACACGCGAGCAGCGGGCUCAGUUAUGUCUGCCUUUGGUCUUGACGAGUCUGGCGCCGCGAGUGACGUCACAGUCCUGGAGCGCCGGCUUGCCGUCUUGGCGGAACCACCGGCUACUGAGACGUCGGGCUUAGUCGACAACAUGGCAGUGCUUUUCCGGUUCCGGCACUUUGUGGCACAGGCACUUAACCGCCUCGUGCACGUGUCGGACUCGACUGAGCUCUGGCUGCGUCAUCCAUCAUUUGUGCAGGGACUUCUACGCCUGCUGGACGAGUCGCCUCCUCAAAUACCACUCAACUACCUCGGCUUCCGGCUACUGGUGCGCGUGGCGCCUUUCCUGCCAGCGGUGCCGGGAGGUGUCGGCUCACUGCUGGCAUUGCACCUGGCGCACGGCCGACCGCUCGAGCUGGAUACGGCGCACGCCUGCCUGCGGCUGACAAUGCAAGCCCAGCCGCACCUAGGCCUCCUGGCCGUGUACAAGGGAGGACGCGAGCUUUACGACCGGCUGCAGCGGCUCGAUUUCGCCGGACGACUGCGGGCUGCAGUCGAAGCGCGCCUACAGCAGUCCACGGGCCUUUUGGACGCGGCAACGCGCGCCCAAGCCCUGCGGCGGCUGCGGCGUCUCCAAGUGCGCGCCUUCUUCCCGGACUGGGUGCGUUCCCCACCCAGUGAGGAGCCGCUGUCGAGCCACGGCCUCGCAGCCUUCGUCGAGGCAAGCUCGCGCAUGACCGCACUGCGCCAGGGCGUGCGCCCUGAGGCGCGCUGGAUGGGCUCGCCCCUGGAUGGCCACUGCUCCCGGGGCUCGCGCAGCCUUUACGUGCCGGCGUCGCUCGCCGAACCAUCUAUUGCAAGGCUCAGCGCCCGCGCCAGCGCCUGCCUCCUGCGGGCACUGCUCUUGGACACGCCCCCGUCGCUCUUGCGGCGCUGCUUCACAUCAGCAGAUGUGUUCAUCGAUGCGGCCGCCCUGCCAGUAGCCUGGGAGCUGUUUCAGGCGACGCACCGGAGGACGCCUCGGAACAACUCGGCUGCCGACCUCUUCUUCACUCAUUUCUCGGCCGACCUGUGCCAGUGGCGUAGCCGGGUCAUUCUUCCCUUGAGCAGCUCGUCUGAAUUCCGAAGCACAUUUAACUGCAGCGGGGACGAUGCGAUGGCUAAGCUCCGCGCAUGCGCGGUAUGGGGUUCGUGAACUCGGGCAGUCUAGUCUCUUUAUUGCACAUUCGUGUUUCUGGACCACUGCCACUCGGAAGAGGUUAUUUGUUGAUGGGAGAUGUGUUGCCCUUUGUUAUUACAAGUGCUUUGUU